UCUUACCAAAACAAACGCUUCAAGAGUGAUUUUUGUUUUUAUAAAAUAUUAAUAAGUUUGGAAAGAAAAUGAAUUAAUAUUUACUGGAUAAGUGUUGUUUUACAGUUGCGGCUGAGCAAUCAAGAUGGAUAGAAUAAAUUGUGCCUUACUUUUCGUAUCACUCUGCGCUUUAUUAUGGGGUGUGGCCGGCCAAUAUGAAUGGCAGAUACGAGAUGCAUUUGAUGAAAUUAGAGGCAAAAUGAAUAAAAUUAGUGCCGAUAACUGUUACAUAAGUCAUUUGGAUGAUCUGUAUUUGCCAGACGACACAGUAUCUCACCAUCCUGAUGUCAAAGAGAUCAAUAUCAACCCUGUUUUUCCUAACCGAACGGCGAUGCUUCACUUGCACAAUAUGGCUAUGAAUCGGGCAUUUUUCUGGAGCUACAUCCUCCAAUCCCGGUUUAUUCGGCCAGCCAUAAACGACACAUAUGACCCUGGUAUGAUGUAUUAUUUCCUUUCGUCAGUGGCAGACAUUGCAGCUAAUCCCUAUAUCAACGCCAGUGCUAUAUAUUUCUCCCCAAACAUGUCCUAUACAUCCUCAUACAGAGGCUUCUUCAACAAGACAAUGCUGAGAUUCGCCCCUAGGGCUUACCGAGCAGAUGAUUUCAAUGAUCCCGUUCAUCUUCAGAAGAUAUCCACACUAAAUACUUUUCACAUUGACGAUUUAGGUGCAUUUGACCCUGACAGCCUUUCCAAAGAUUAUACGUCAGAUUUUUAUAGAAUAAACGAGUGGUAUCAUAAAUGGCUGCCAGACAAAGUGGACAAAAGACAUGAUACCAAGACAACAUACCAAGUAGAGAUCAGAUAUGCUAAUAAUACAAAUGAAACCUUUACUUUCCACGGACCACCAGGCAAUGAUGAGGUUCCCGGUCCCGUGAACUGGACACGGCCUUACUUUGACUGCGGGAGACUGAACAAGUGGCUUGUUGGGGCUGUGAGUCCGGUUGUAGACAUCUUCCCUCGCCACACACAAUUCAGACACAUUGAGUACCCUACGUACACAGCUACUGUAGUAAUGGAGAUGGAUUUUGAUCGAAUAGAUAUAAACCAAUGUCCGCCUAGUAAGGGGAAUGAUUGGCCCAAUAGAUUUGCAUCUACUGCUCGAUGUAAAGUUGAAACUACCGAGUGCGAACCAAUCCACGGUUGGGGCUUCCGCCGCGGCGGCUACCAGUGUCGCUGCGCCCCCGGGUACAGGCUGCCGAGUAUUGUACGGAGGCCAUAUUUAGGAGAGAUCAUAGAGAGAGCCACUUCCGAUCAGUAUUAUAACAACUUUGACUGCAAAGAGAUUGGUUGGAUCCAACUCUUGCCCGUGAAAUGGGAGAAGGCCCACCCGUUCAUCCGCGCCCUGUACCUCGACCAGUACUCGGAGUACGUGAACGCCACCUCGGGCCCCGCCGCUCUCCACACGGAGAAAGUUAACGUCUACGAGAUGCUGAACUUUAUCAGGGGCGUCCAGCCGCACAAUUGUUCUAAAUACAACAAGACAGAUUUGUUCCUGAACGGUGAUAUAGCGUACGGUCACGAGGAACAGUUCGAGAAUCAAGCCAAGAUGGCGCUGCGGUUGGCGAAUUUCAUCAGCGCUUUCUUGCAGGUGUCAGAUCCCACGGAAGUGUUUAGUGGCAAAAGGAUUGCAGACAAACCUCUCACUGAGGAUCAGAUGAUUGGUGAAACGUUGGCACUCGUGUUAGGCGACUCCAAGAUAUGGUCAGCAGGAACAUAUUGGGACCGCAACCAGUUCACAAACAGGACAUUCUUCGCGCCGAUGGCUUACAAGACAUCUUUGAACACCAGGAAAUACAAGCUGGAGGAUUUGGCACGAUUGAAUAAGACAGAGGAACUAUACACAAACAAACAAUGGUUCCAACACUUAAAACAACGGUGGUCAACUAACUUCGACAGCUUAGAGAAAUUCUAUCUCAAAAUGAAAAUACGCGAAGACGAAUUGGGCAAAUAUUUGAUGAGAUACGAGAGAUACCCGACUUCGUAUAGGGCGGCUAAUUUGAAACACGGGUAUUGGACACAGCCGUAUUAUGAUUGCGAGGGACAUUUGAAACAGUGGGUUAUAACGUACGCAGCGCCAUUCUUCGGAUGGGACAGUGUUAAAGUCAAAUUGGAAUUCAAGGGCGUGGUAGCAGUGACAAUGGCUUUGAUGUCCCUAGAUGUGAACCAGUGUCCAGACAAGUACUAUGUGCCAAACGCCUUCAAGGGGACGGACAAAUGUGACAAGCAGUCUUCCUAUUGCGUUCCAAUACUCGGUCGCGGGUUCGAAGCCGGCGGUUACAAAUGCGAAUGCCUCCAAGGUUUCGAAUAUCCGUUCGAAGAUCCGACCACUUAUUACGACGGUCAAAUAGUGGAAGCGGAGUUUCAGAACAUAAUCAACAAUAAGGAAACACGUAUAGACAUGUUCAAAUGUAGAUUGGCUGGUGCCGCAGCAAUACAGGGGAGUUUCGCCAUUAUGUUGGCCAUUUUGUUCGUUCUACUAAAAAUAAGGUAAUUUGAUACUGGUUAUUAAUAAAAAUAAAUUGCAUUUCCCCGAAAAGAUGAUGUAACUAAGAUAAAUAAAUAAAUAAUAAAUGUAUACGGGACAAAUUAAACUGAUUGUGUUAGUCUCGCAGUAAGUUCGAGACUUGUGUUACGAGAUACUUACUCAACGAUACUAUAUUCUAUAAUAAAUAACUUAUAUAGAUAAACAUCCAAGACCCAGGCCAAUCAGACAAAGUUUAUUUCUCAUCAUGCCCUGGCCGGGAUUCGAACCCGGGACCUCCGGUGUCACAGACAAGCGCACUACCGCUGCGCCACAGACGCCGUCACGCCGUUACGCCGUAAGAAAAUAUCAAAAUAUUGCACACAUGGUGUUAAUACAUACAUAUAGUCACGUCUAUAUCCCUUACGGGGUAGACAGAGCCAAUAGUCCCGAAAAGACUCAUUGGCUACGUUCAGCAGCUUAAUGAUGGAAUUGAGAUCCAAAUAGUGACAGGUUGCUAGCCCAUCGCCUAAAAAAAGAAUCACAAGUAUGUAAGCCUAUGGUGUUAAUUUAUAUGCAAAUAACUUCUACCCGCAAUUUGAGAUAAGAAAAUAAUAUGUGAAAAGUAAUUAAAAUAAGAUUAAUGUGGCCUUUUUUCUUUACCAUUACGACUAUCUUCGAGUCCCGGCCAGGGCGUGAACAGAAACGAACUUUCUCCGAUUGUUCUAGGUCUUGGAUGUUUAUCUAUAUGAGUAUUUAUCAUAAAAUAUAGUAUCGUUGAGUUAGUAUCUCUUAACACAAUUCUCGAACUUACUACGAGGCUAACUCAAUCUGUGUGUGUCUCUCCCGUAUAUAUUUAUUUAUUUUAAUUUAGAUUUUUUAUAGUGACAACUGAAACAAAAAAUCUAAAAGGCACGCAUUUACAAAGUAAACUUGUAAAUGAUAUUCAAACAGACGACAUAUGAGUUAUUUAGGUAGGUACAAAUAUAAUUGUAUACAAAAAUUAAUAGAGACAGCAUUAAUAGGAUAUUCUUUUCAGUUUUUAUAAUGAAAUGUGAGAAAAAAAAAGAGAAGAUUUUUUUAAAAGCAAUUUUUUUUAAGUUAGUAUGUACCUAGUUGUACUUUCGUUGUAUCACGGCCAUCCGUCCUAUAUACAGACUGAUAUUAUCAAGAAAUUAUAAGCAAUAGAUUAACUUCCCAUAGGUAUAAGUAACAAUUUCCAAUAUUAAAUCUCAUUGUUUUACUAAUAAGAGUGAGUUACCUACGGCGUUAUCGUCAUUGGUGAAUAAGGGUCGGGUCACAUCGACGAGACGCGACGCGACAUUUUAACGAAAAUUUGACUUUUACUACACGAAACGACCGAACUUUAUCUUCAAAGUUAAAAAGAAAACAAAUAGAUAAAUUGAAAUUUUAGUUGUGCUAUAAAUAUUUCGCGUCUUGUUUUGGUGUAAACAUACCCUAAAGUUAAUGUUAUGUGAAAAUGUGACAGUUCAUAUAGUAGUAGUAGAUCUGAUUAAUCCAUUUAGAAUGAUAAUGAUGAAAUUUCAUUGCUGUACAAUGUCUAAGGUGGAAUUUCCAACAGGAUAUAACGUAACGGAAUUCUCACAUAUUUUCUAUUUUCAUAAUUUUGUGUUUACCUUCCGUUAGGUUUAGUUAAUAACUCUAGUAUAUAAUUUUCCAUUCCUUUAUGUACGGUAAUUUAAAAUUGUAUGUUCAAACUUUAUGAUUCGUACAUGUAUCAUGAUUUUAGCAGUAAAGAUCCGUUCUAAUCUGGCCUCUUUAGCUUUUAAAAUUUAAGCUUUAUGUAUCUUUAUGGACGGGUAGCAUUUUACGAUAUAAACCUUCCUCAACCUCUGUAGCAUGGAACGCGCGACGCCGUUUUUAUAGCGCGAAAACCUGUCACCGUUUUGUUUUUUUUUGACGUCAAACGGGACAUCGGUAGUUCUUCGCGCGAUAAAAACGCUCUUCAACAUUUCAAACGGGAACAAAUCCGUCCAAAACGAGAUAAGCACUUACUUUCAGAUAUAGAAAAUAGAGGAACCUUAUAAAAUGUAGUGAUAGAUUGCCGGAUAAAGGUCCUAAAGAUAGUACCUACGUGAUAAUAUCACUGAUCUUUUACCUUUACGUGUUAUUGACCUUUUUUUCUUUAGAUGCCAUUCAUUUGGUUAACCUAAAUGUCUUAAAUGAAAAAAAAAACUGAUGAAUAACAAACAGGCGAUCGCGACCUAUAUUUCUAUGCUACAAAAUUAUGUGUUUACCGUUUUAUAUUUAGGAACAAUUUUAUACAACUGAAAGAUAAUACAGGUUUACCUUUUCUUUUUAAUUCUGACAUGUACUUUUUUCUAUGUAAGAAUCUCUUAUUUUUUUAAGUUAAUUUAAGCAUAUUUACUAUAAGCAAUAUUCUUCUAAUUGGUGUGUUAUUUUUCGUCUAAUUUUAUACUAUAAUCUUUUUUUAUGUAAGAUCGUAUAUAUUUUGUGGCUGAAACAAGGAGAAAAAGACAGAAAAUGUAUUUAUUUAUAAUGUCUUCAGUUUACACAUAUUUUCUACAGUUUAUUUUGUAUCAAUUUUUUUUUUAUAAAUUUUGAUGCAUUUUUUAUUGUUAGGGUAUUUUAUAGAACAUAGAUUAAAAUUUUAGUUUUUUCUUAGAGAAUCUCUUAGUCAUUAUUUGCUUAUGGCAUUUUUUAGUAAUUUUAUUUUAUUCCAAUCUAUGUUACUAUUUACAUUUAUAAAUAAAAAAUUGUGCAAUUAUUUAUAAAAGUUUAAAUAUCAUACAUAGUGUGUCUUGAAUUUUGUAUAAUGUUGCCAGAACUUACAUUCCAUUUCAUGAAUUGGUUUUAUUUCUUGAGAACAGGGGAGCAAAACUGUAAAAAAUAAAUGUGCCAAUAUUGUGUCCGUAGAGUCGCAGUGAAGAAGUUUUUGUAGUUUGGUACCACAGUAAAAAAAAGAGUAUAGAAAGAGACAAUCGUCAGCGACACACUUUUGGUACAUUUGUUUUUUACAGAUUUGAUCCCCAAUAUUUUCAGUAGUUCACAUCAUGAAAUAACAAAAUUGGUGGAGAAUUUCAUGAUAUAUUUUCAUUUCGUCAUCAUUGCACAAAAUAUGAACAAAUAUAAUGUUAUUAUGCCAGUGUGACUUAUUCAGAUACCGUCCAUUUUAGUGCCUUUUUCAUAUGAGAGUUUAAUAAAGUGAAUAUGUAUUGAA